AUUUCUACCUAGUCAGAACUCAGAAGUAUGGUAUAUAGAUCAUAUUUCUCCAUAGUCAAAAGAUGGUACAUGGUAUAUGGAUCAUAUUUCUACAAAGUCAAAAGAUGGUACCCCUGUUUCAGGUUUGGGUUCCUGAAUUGGAUUCUUGGUGAUUCAAUUUGAAAAUGGUGGCCCAGCAGGAUAAGAAAUUUUGAUUCAAGUUAUUAUGCAUCGCACCUUGACACGUUAUUUGCAUCACAAUAACCAAUUACCAGUCUGUCAAUGGACCGGAACACCUUGGUUUUAGAGGUUGUUCUCAGAACUGUUUAGGCGAAAGAUACCUAUUAAUAUUCGCGUCGCUUCCCCUCCUUCCCCUUCCUCCUGAUGAACGACGGAGAGGACAAACCCAAAGGAACCACCACCACAGCAAUCCCCAUGGAAAGCCUAGCGGCGAUCGCCGCCGCCCUUCUCUCCUCCAAGCACGUCUCCCCUUCAGACGCCGCGCGGUCGUCGCCCUCCUCCCUCAUCCUCCUCCCCGGCGGCCGCCUCCUCCACCUCCUCCGCCGCUUCCUUCUCCUCUCCCUACACGCCCUCCUCUCCCUCCUCUUCUUCCUCCUCUCCCCCGCCUUCUCCCACCUCCCCUCCUCCUCCUUCUCCCCCGCCACUGCCGCCACCGCCCCCGAUGGCACUACCGCAGCCGAUCGCGCCCUCGCCCACGUCCUCUCCACCGUCUCCCGCGUCCCCGUCGCCUCCCGCAAGUACGAGCUCGUCCGCUCCCUCGCCGAUCGCCUCCUCGACGACAACCUUCGCCUGGGCGCCGCCACCGGCCUCAACGAGCUAAACCGCGCCGCCCUCUCUGCUGCCUUCUCCCGCAACCUCCAAUGUCUCGAGGCCGCCACCGCUGCCGCGAUCUCCCGCGCCUCCCCGACGGAUCGGUCGUUGGACAUGAUAAUCGGGGCGGUCAGGUCCGGGAUGAGGCGGUUUGCGGCGGCGGCCGCGGUGGCGGAGGAAGGGGACGUGGUGGGCGUCGGCGGGGCCGGAUCGGCGGAGAAGAUGGCAGCUGAGGCCCUGUGGCUGGGACAGAAGAUGGCGGAGUGCGGGGCGGCAGUGGAGGCGGUGGCCCAGUGGGGGGCGGCGGCGAGACUCGGCCGCCUUGCCCUCUCUGCCGAGCCCCGGCUUCAGGUGGCCCUCGUUCGCGUCUCCGCAUUUUUAUUUAAGCAUGCCAACUCUAAGCAAAUGGAAGAAUGGAAAGGAGAAGGUGAAGAUGGAUCCAUAGCACACUAUCGGAUGGCGAUGCUGACGUCAUGGUUGCCGUUGCUUUGCCGAGCUAGCAAUGGUGUGGGCGCUCCCAUAAUGAGCAGUGGGGAAAGAGUAGAGAUGCUUAGGGUGCUGGAGGAAAUAAUCGAGAAGUUAAGCUGGGAACAGCAGGAAGAAAUUCUGGCACUCUGGCUCCAUCAUUUCACCUCCUGUCCUGACUCCGACUGGCCAAAUCUAGUGUCAUGCUACACCAGAUGGUACUCAGAAUCUCGGAAGUUCCUUCUAAAAUGACCAGUGUAUAUUAUUUUAUGUUCCAAUAGCACACAUACAUAUUCUCUUAGUGCAACAAUAUUAGGCAUUGCCUCCAUGGAGGAUCUCAAAACUCCCCAUGGUAUAGAUCGAUCUGUUAGAAGCCUUAGCUGGGUAGUUUAUAUUGCUAUACAGUCUAUUUUACUAUUCAUAUAUUGUAACAGAGGAGGGCUUUUUGAAUGUAUAUGGUACAUUUUCAUUCAUCUAGCAACUUAUGGUCAUUAUGGGAAAAUGAUACCAUUUAACAAUUGCUAACAAUCAUAA